ACAUCCCAGAAUAUUCUNUCCUACCUAGGAUUUGCUUCCCAGCUCUUUUUCUUUCUCUUCUUGAUAUCAGCAGAAUAUUAUCUCCUCACCGUCAUGGCCCAUGACCGCUGCGUGGCCAUUUGCCAACCCCUGCACUACGGGACGCUUCUGGGCACCAGAGCCUGUGUCCACAUGGCAGCAGCUGCCUGGGGCAUUUGCCUCUUCAUUGCUCUCCUGCACACGGCCAAGACAUUUUCAGUCCCCCUGUGCCAGGGCAAUGCUGUGGGACAGUUCUUCUGUGAAAUCCCACACAUCCUCAAGCUCUCCUGCUCACACUCAGACUACCUCAGGGAAGUUGGACUCAUUGUGGUUGGUGUCUCUUUAACAUUUGGCUGUUUUGUUUUCAUGGUAGUGUCCUAUGUUUGGAUCUUCAGGGCCAUGCUGAGGAUCCCCUCGCAGCAGGGACGGCACAAAGCCUUCUCCACGUGCCUCCCUCACCUCGCCGUGGUCUCCCUGUUUCUCAGCACUGGCGUGUUUGCCAACCUGAAGCCCCCCUCCAUGUCCUCCCCAUCCCUGGACCUGGUGGUGUCAGUUCUGUACUCGGUGGUGCCUCCAGCAGUGAACCCCCUCAUCUACAGCCUAAGGAACAAGGAGCUCAAGGAUGCCCUAAGGAGACUGAUCACAGGAUGUUUCUCAGAAACAAUAAACUGCUUGAGAGGAGAACACUGGUGUGUGCAGUCACUGCCAGGACUGGGGAUGCAGAAAGACUCUCGCUGGUCCUGA